GGGAGAAACGUUCACUUCUCCUGCUACCAUCGCAAUCCAAAUUUUAUUUCCAUUAACGUUCACUUUUUUCCGCAAAAAUGGUGAAGAAGCUUGAAAGGCCGGAUUGUGUUACUCCAUUGGUAGUAGAUUUAUCUACUUCACCAAUCGAUGAAGGAACUCCAUUGAGACCUGUAUUCUGCCUCAAAAAGAGAGAGCAAUUGAAAGAAUUUGAAGAGAAAGAAGAGUGCUUUAUCCUCGAUUUUGAUCCUUAUGAAUCCGUAGAUAUCUCAAAGUUAUCUGUUUCCCAAAAUCUUGAUGCUUCUGACCUUUCUGUUCUCGCCGAAAAAGGAGAGGUGGCAUGUCGAGACUUUCCACAUCCAAGGCAUGACUGCGCGAAACAUCCUUUUGAGAAGACACCUCACCAGGACCACUGUGAAAUGUGUUAUUGCUAUGUCUGUGAUGUGGCUGCUCCUUGCAAAUCCUGGACUGGGAAUUCAGCCCAUUGCCAUGCCAUGAAUAAUGAGGCUUGGAAGGCUCUGAGGAACGCUCCGAAAAAGUAAUUGAAGAAAAUGUAUUCACAACAUUGCAACUUCUCUAGACUUGUAAAUUUUGUGCAGUGAUGGCUCGAUCUGCCCGUUAGCUGCAGUAUGGUUACGUACCUAGUUAUGAUCUGGGAUACUAAGUUGGAUAUGAGGUCUGUAUUCAAGUGUGUCUCAAAAUUAUGCUAGAUUUUUGUAGAUAUUUUGCUUAAGGUAUGCAAAAAUGUGGGAUGAACUUGUUCCUUCUAGUAUAUUAGCGGUUGAAGUGAAGUCACCAGUUAAUGCUUCAACUUC